AUGGCACCUAAUAAGGAAUGGAUGCAACUUGUUCAAGAUCGACUUGAUAAUGCUUACAUACUUGGGGUGGAGACAUUUUUGGAUUAUGCUUUUACAAGAUUGAGAGAAACGCAAGAAAUACGUUGUCCAUGUGUCAAAUGUUGUAAUGCAUCUUCAAGAACUCGUAAGAUGGUUAGGUCACAUUUAAUAGUAUAUGGAAUAAUCGAAAGUUAUACUUUUUGGUAUCAUCACGGGGAGAGGUUAGGUGAGCCGCAGUCAGAUUCUGAAUUUGUAGACGAUAAUGACAUUGAAAAGGAUGAUGACGAGGAUGAGAAUGAAAUACCUGAGAUCUUAAGGGAUUUAUACCCCGCUUUCAAUGGAGAUAAUAUGAACACCGGUAGUGAUGAUUUUGUUGAGGAGGAACCAAAUCCUGAAGCAAAACGAUUCUAUAGCCUGUUAAAGGAUUUUGAGCAACCAUUAUACGAAUGUUCAAAAGCUUCUAAACUUUCUACUAUGGUUAAAUUGAUUCAUAUUAAAAGUAUUGGUCAUUGGAGUAAUGCAUCAUUUACAAUGUUGUUGAAGAUGCUGAAGGAAGAUUUAUUACCUGAUGGAUCAAACUUGCCAGGUUCAUAUUACGAGGCAAAGAAGAUAAUUCAGGACCUUGGUCUUUCUUACAAGAAGAUUGAUGCGUGUAAGAAUAAUUGCAUGUUAUAUUGGAAGGAUGAUAAGUUUCUUGAGUCUUGCAAAGUUUGCGGCGCAUCUAGAUGGAAGGAGGAUAAACGUAACGGGGAAACAAAAUCUAAAUGUGGGAAAAAGAUACCAUGCAAGAUUUUACGUUAUUUUCCUCUAAUGCCCAGACUUCAAAGAUUGUUUAUGUCCUCGAAAACAACUUCUUUGAUGAGAUGGCAUUUUGAUGAAAGAGUUGAUGAUGGAAUAAUGAGGCACCCGGCUGAUUCAAUAGCAUGGAAGACACUUGAUGAACUUCACCUAUCUUUUGCCACCGAGCCUCGUAAUGUUCAACUUGGACUUGCUAGUGAUGGUUUUCAACCAUUUAAAAGUUCCAAAACUCCGUAUAGCAUUUGGUCUGUGGUACUUAUUCCUUAUAAUUUACCACCUUGGUUAUGCAUGAAGCAAGAGAAUUUUAUUUUAUCGAUGCUUAUUCCUGGUCCUGAAUGUCCCGGAGAUGCAAUUGAUGUUUAUCCCCAACCUUUGAUAGAGGAAUUAAAGGAAUUAUGGGAAACUGGAGUUGAGACCUUUGAUGCGUCAACUAGACAGAAUUUUAUGUUACAUGUAGCUUUUUUAUGGACCAUUAAUGACUUUCCAGUAUAUGCAAAUUUGUCGGGAUGGAGUACCAAAGGAAAAUUGGCUUGCCCAUGUUGA